AUGGAAGGAAGUUUGCAAACCAAAGAUGUUAGGAGGGCUAGGAAUAAGGCCUUCUGUUUUUUCAAUAAUGCUGCAAUUGCAAAAUUAGCUUGGAAAAUUAUCACUGAUAAAGACAAUUGGUACACUAAGAAAGUUUGGAACUCGGCUAAUAUGUUGCCCCCAAUUGAUUGGGAUGAAGGAUUCUUCAAUGUGCUCAAUAGUUGGUUCAUUGAUAGUCCUUUUGAUAAAGAAUUAUUUGGAAAAAUUACUUUGUAUUGGCAGAUAUGGAGAGCAAGGAAUGACACUAUCUUUAGGGGUAAAAACCCCAGUCCUAGAUCCAUACCUGCCAUUACUGCCUAUGAUCAAAAUGUUGGCCCUGAUUCUGAUACACAGACGGUUGCUAUGCCAAGUAAUAUGAGCACAAAUAUGAUUAGGUGGACACCACCCCUUUCUAAUUGGGUUAAAAUAAACUUUGAUGGUUCUGUCCAGAACAAGGCUGCAGCUGGAGGUUUUGUUUUAAGAUCUGAUGAUGGAAAACCUCUUGUUUCUGCUGCCUUCAACUCUGGUACUGCCAGUGUUCCUCUUGCUGAAGCGCUGGAGUUUAGAAACAGCUUACUUUGCGCUAAGGAGAAAGGUGUGUUGAAGGUCGAAGUGGAGGGCGAUUCAAAACUCAUUAUUGACAUUAUGAAUGGAGUUUGUGAUCCCCCUUGGAGGCUUUUGAAAGUUGUUAAAGACAUCAAAUUGCUAAGUUGUAACUUUAAGUCCAUUAGGCUCAAGCAUGUUUUUAGGGAGGCCAAUUUUGUGGCCAAUGCUUUGGCAAAUCUAGGGCAUAGAGUUGAGAUUAGUAGAUUUUGGGUGGAGUGUGUUUCCCUAGGAGCCUCACUUGCUCUUGUGUUUGAUUCUGUAAACUCUGGGUGUCAUCGAGGAACCUCUAUUUAA